CUGCAUUCCCUGUCUCCAGUGCCCGUCCUGUGGCUGUGCUUGCUGUGAUUAACACCAUGUGUUUGCUCAGCAGAAGCACAGAGCAGCAUCGCCAGGACUGAGCAGGCUGUGAUUUGUGUUCCGACAAUGGCGCUUUCCAAUCUGUCCAACUACUUGGAUGAUGUCGAUAACUACAGUGAUUACCCAGAUUACACCUAUGAGGAGACCACCAGCAGUGUGUGGACAGACCCAUCCCACGACCCAAAGGACAUCGCAAGGAUCCUCUCUGUCAUCAUCUACAGCGUGUCCUGCGUGUUGGGCAUCCUGGGGAACGGCCUUGUCAUUGCCAUCAUAACUCUGAAGAUGAAGAAGUCGGUCAAUGCCAUCUGGUUCCUCAACCUGGCCGUUGCCGACUUCCUCUUCAACAUCUUCCUGCCCAUAAACAUUGCUUACACCGCCAUGAGGUACAACUGGAUCUUCGGGACAGUCAUGUGCAAGCUGAACUCUUUCCUCCUCAUCCUCAACAUGUACACCAGUGUCCUUCUGCUCACCACCAUCAGCUUCGAUCGCUACGUGUCAGUGGUGUUUCCUGUCUGGUCUCAAAACCAUCGGUCGACCAACUUAGCCUAUUUAGUUUGCUUGAUCAUCUGGACCAUCGGCAUCAUCAUGAGCUGCCCAUCUCUUGUCUUCCGGGACACUGCACAAGCCCGUAACUCCGUGAUCUGUUUCAGCAACUUUUCCCUCUCCAGGAAUAAGUCUUACCAAGCCCUGGCCCUGGUGAGGCACCGGACCGUGAACAUCACCAGGUUCCUCGCCGGGUACAUCCUCCCCAUCACCAUCAUCACGUUCUGCUACGUCGCCAUCGCCUUCAACCUGCGCCGGAACCGCCUCGCCAAGUCCAAAAAGCCCUUCAAGAUCAUCGUCACCAUUAUAGUCACCUUCUUCCUUUGCUGGAGCCCCUACCACCUCCUGAACCUCCUGGAAACGGAGCCCGACGUGGUCCCGCGCUCCGUGUUCGAGAUCAGCAUCCCCAUAACCACGGCGCUCGCUGCCUCCAAUAGCUGCAUGAAUCCUGUCCUCUAUGUCUUCAUGGGCCAGGACUUCAAGAAGUUUAAGGUCACCAUCCUUUCCAGGCUGGUGAAUGCCCUCAGCGAGGAGACGGGACACUCCAGCAUCGUGCACAGGAGCUUCUCCAAGAUGUCCUCAAUGACUGAGAAGGAAACAACAGUCCUCUAAACUCAACCUCUGCUGUUUGCCCAUCCUCAUCGCUGUGAUG